UAGUUAUUUGAACCUAUUCAUUCUUUAUGUACAUGUAAAUCAAAUCCAUCUCUCUCUCUUGUUCACAUUCCAUAGUUUCUUCACAUCAAUUACAGAAAAUCAACAUUUACUCUUCUUGUUCUUGAGGCACAACACAAAAAUGGAGGAGGAUCAGAAGAAAACAGAAGCUGCCAAGAUGAUUAGUACUUCCACUACUGAUCCUCGGAAAGAAGAACCUUCUCAAACUCAAACUCAAACUUCUUUCAAGAAUAUAAAAGAAGUAGCUGGUGAUAUACCAAUGUAUGAUUCUUCAAAUUUUCCAUUGGAAUCUUCUCCCACCAUAACACCAAAGAAGAGAAAAGAGGGACCUGAAACUGAUACGUCUUCUGCAGAAUCUCCAACCAAGGUAAAAAGACGACGCCGAAGCCCUCCUGGUUCCGGUUCCGGAUCAAAGAAGAGAAAACAAGGACCUUCUCCAACAAUUUCUUCAGGAUCUUCUGAAACAACUUCUUCACAAACGGAAGGAUCUUCUGAAACAACUUCUGGAGCAACUCCAACCAAGAAAAGACCCCCAUGCCCUCCUGGAAAACUCACCCCCGGUUUGAUAGAUUUGAAUGCUGGCCAGGAUAUGAUAGAUAUUAUAUGCAGUAUCUCUCAGGCAUUUCCUCAUCGAAUGUUUAGCAUAAUAUCUGUGAUUGGUACUAUAUCAGAAGUUGGCCUUUUUACUCCGAGUGGUCUUGCGCACCAGAAGGGAGAAUUCGAGAUACUUUCGUUAUCCAUAAGAAGUCUCGUUGGUGAUAAUGGCCGUCACUGUCGUGCAAAGGCAAAGUGUUCCGUUUCAUGGAUCGAUAAUAAGGGAAUUAUGUAUGCAAGUGCUUCUGUCAACUCCCUCAUAGCGGCCGGCCCUGCUAAAAUUAUUACAGCGUAUUUCAACAAAGACAAUGCUAAGAAAGCAGGUGCAAGAAUUUUGGCACAUGCUGCUGCUGCUGCUGUUCGAAAGGGUUAUUCUGACUCUAAAAUGUUAAUAGAAGGACAAACAAGUUACCAUUCGCCAAAACUUAAAAUUUUGCCAAUUCGACGAGUGGUGGAUCGAAAAGUAUUUCCCAUAGAGGCCACUCCUCUUCAAAUGAUUGAGGCCAUUUCUGAUCCAGCUAAAGAAUAUUGUGCAAAGGUUAUCGAAGAAGCGGCUUCUGGUUUAUAGAUAGAAUACAGACACAGGAAAUGAUAUUCCAAAAACCAUUAUUGUUUCCUU